AUGCACUCAGGAACAACCGGAAUUUCGUUAAACAUGCAAUUUAUCAUUCAUGAUUACAAGUCAGAGACUUACAUCACAGUCCCCUUAUCCCCGAAGUCAGAUCGGGCUCUGCCCAUCACCAGAUUCCUCCAACCCCGUCAUCUCAAGCUUGCAUCAUCAACAGGUAAAUCUGUGCAACGUACUUUUUCAAUCACCGCGGGCUCUUCCCACCAUGCAAGUAUUAUCAACAAUGAGGCGCAUAAUCCCCUCACUGCCGCCCCGCCUCGAAACCUAAUCCCAUAA